GAGACGACGGUUUACCGGAUCUAUGAUCCAAGUCUGGACCGGAUCCGUCUCGACCACAGCUCUCGCUUUCCUCCGCUCCCAUAUCCCGCUCGCGCGUGCGGGGCAGUGCCCAUGGCGAGCCCGCCGUCGCCGCGCCUGCUCUGCGCCCUCCUCGGCGACCGCCUCGGCGCGCUCUCCGCCAGGCCGCUCCUCCGCACCGCCGCCCCAGGCAGAGGGAACGCGAGGGUGACGUGCCAGGCCACGAGAACGCUCUCCAGCCUGGUGGACGCCCUCUUCAACAGGAGAAGUCGGGAUGACUCACUGGAAAAUAACCCUAGACGCCUACGACCUGGGAAAGUGUCUCCUCGUCUAACCGUCCCCAGUCAUAUACAGCGGCCUCCUUAUGUCAAUUCCCGUCAAAGACCUCAGAUGAAUGAUGGACCUGAAAUACAUGAUGAAAAAGGGAUUGAAUGCAUGAGAGCUUCUGGAAAGCUUGCCGCACAAGUUUUGAAGUUUGCUGGAACACUUGUAAAUCCAGGCAUCACAACUGAUGAGAUAGAUAAAGCGGUGCACCAAAUGAUAAUAGAUAACGGUGCAUACCCGUCACCUCUUGGUUAUUGUGGAUUUCCGAAGAGUGUUUGCACUUCAGUGAAUGAAUGCAUCUGUCACGGAAUACCAGAUUCUCGUCCACUUGAGGAUGGCGAUAUCAUCAACAUCGAUGUGACUGUCUAUCUCAAUGGUUACCAUGGUGAUACAUCUGCUACAUUUCUCUGUGGUGAUGUUGAUGAUGAAGCUAAGAAGCAGGAACUUCAGCUGUUUGCUGGCAUUAGCGAUAUGCUUGUACUUCCACAGGUAACAAAAGAAUCUCUUGACAAGGCUAUUUCAAUCUGUGCUCCAGGUGUGGAGAUCAACCGCAUUGGUAGAACCAUACAGGAUCAUGCAGACAAAUUCAAAUAUGGUGUAGUUCAACAAUUUGUGGGCCAUGGGGUAGGGAAAGUGUUCCAUGCUGAGCCUGCAGUGCUUCAUUUCCGCAAUAAUGAAAAGGGCCGCAUGAUUUUGAACCAAACAUUUACCAUAGAGCCGAUGCUAACCAUAGGGAGCACAAACUCUACCAUAUGGUCCGACGACUGGACCGCGGUGACGGAGGACGGGAGCCUGUCAGCGCAGUUUGAGCACACGCUACUGAUCACCGAAGACGGCGUGGAAAUACUGACACAGUGUUAAGCCCAGCCGGAGAACAAAGAGGUCAAUGAGUGAAAGGCUGGGUGGCUGGGACAGUACCUGCAUUUUUUUUCUAACUACACAUGGUCCAAUCAAACUCCAAGUGCAAAACUACACUUUUUUAUCUAUCUCGAUACGUCAGUAGGUUGAUGCAUAGAUUAUAUACAAAGUUUUGCAUUGUUGUUGGGAUUAUAGGGUGAGCUUGCAGAUCAGAUCAGCCCCCUUGGUUGUUGCGAGUAGGCCUGAAUUCUGAUUGACUGCCUGGAUUCUGAUUGAGUUGGUUGGUUCUGGGGCUGAUGAAAGCCAUGUCUUGCCGCAUUUGUUGGCAGAAAGAAAUGAAGAUCUGCUUUUGCUUUA